GCGCCGUCCCGGCCCCGAGCUCGCAUGAGGUGCGCCUCCCCGCCGCCAUGGGAGCUCAGCAGAGCGUCAAUGCAGGGAAAGCCAAGGUCGAUGUGCACGUCGACCUCACCCACAUGCUGUGCGAGGCGCUGCUGCUGCCGCCCAUGAGGAACUCUGGCGCCACCUUCUCGCAGAUCGUUGGGAGGAUCUCCCUCAAACAUCCAAGCCUAUUCGGCAGGAGCGAGAAGUUAGAUGUCAUAUUGGAUAAGGGUAUCAAUGAAUCCAAUGCUGUCAUCGCCUUUAGACGACCGAGGCCUGAAUGGCUAUCACAACAAUCAUUUGUCAUUCAGCACACGAUGACACCAGAAAUAGCGGUGCAUGGGUUUCCGGCUGACAACUUCACACGAUCAGGGAGCAGAGGGGUAAAUCUUAGUAGAUUGUCGCUUGGUGUUGAGCUUAAUGAACCAGCAACAUCAAACUGGACAUCCGGCACUAGUGUUAAAUUUGAGCAUAUCCGGCCUGUUAAUAAUGAGGGACGCUCCAUAGCUAGGGACCAUGAUGGCUUUCCUCUAACAUGCAGUGGUAACCUCCAUGAUAACAUGAUUAUUUUGAAGCAAGAGUCUGGUUAUGCAGAUGUUAAUGAUAAUAGCUUCUUAAAAGUUAACUUCCAAAUGGAACAAGGAUUGCCACUUGUACCGAAAUCUCUGACCUUCAACAGAGUAAAAUGUGCAGUUUCGAAAGGAAUUAAACUGGGGCCAACAUUUUUGGUUACUAGCUUGACAGGUGGUUCCAUUGUGGGGGAUAUGGCACCAUACCAAGCAUUUGCAAUAGGCGGACUUGGUAGUGUACGGGGUUAUGGUGAGGGUGCAGUUGGUGCAGGAAGAUUGUGCCUAGUUGCUAACUGUGAAUAUACUGUUCCUUUGGCAAAACAUCUAGAGGGUUCUAUUUUCAUGGACUGUGGCAGUGACUUAGGAUCUGCUCGUCAUGUCCCUGGUAAUCCAGCUCUUCGACAGGGGAAACCAGGAUUCGGAGUCGGAUUUGGAUAUGGAGUCCACUUCAAUACAGACCUUGGUCAGAUCCGAGUCGACUAUGCUAUGAAUGCCUUCAGUCGCAAGACUAUCUACUUCGGUAUCAACAGUGGUGGCGGUUCAUAGGCUUAUUAUUAUGCAGAGGAUCUCACAUAGCAUAGAAUUGGAACCCAAAUUGAUUCUUGCCAUAAGAUGGACACAUACCCAAUUUUUUCCACUUCAAGUAGUGUUGACAUAAGCCGGUGGUAUGGUACUGCACUAACCUGUGACUUGUGGCAGACCCUUUAGAUCAGUAUAACCAGUGGACUCGUCAGGAGUUUCGGACAUGCCGCCGAAAUCAUUUGCAUGUACAUGCCAGUAUUCGGAAGCUUGUAUAGUUUGAGAUUGAACAGAUGGGCCAUAAGAUGACAUGUGCGAACGACAAACCCUGUGAAAUGUGGAAAUUUUGAUGCGUCCAGCAA